UUCAUCAUCAAAUCAAAGAGUUUCUUGUUUAGUAUGACAAACCAAACAGUCAUCCCACUUAGCCAAAAUUCCGGCAAUGUUCCCAACCCCCACUUUGUUCUAGUGCCGUUAAUGGCGCAAGGCCACAUGAUCCCCAUGAUCGACAUGGCUCGGCUCAUCGCCAGCAGAGGCGUGCAUGUCACCUUCGUCACCACCCCUAUCAACGCUGCACGCAACACCACCUCCAUAAACUCCAUGCAUGGCUCUGGUCUCCCUAUCCAUUUCCUCACCCUCCCAUUCCCAGGCACUGAAGCUGGGCUCCCUGAAGGUUGUGAAAACCUUGACACUCUGCCAUCCAGGGCCCUUAUCAAGAACUUCCUAGAUGCAUGCCGUUUGCUCAAAGACCCUCUCAUUAACCAUCUCAAAGCUCAGAGUCAUCUUCCUCCUCCAAGCCUCAUCAUCACUGACCUCUCUCAUCCUUGGACUAGAGAGGUUUCCAAGGAGCUAUCCAUUCCAAGGCUCUUUUUUAAUGGUUUUGGCUGCUUUGCUCUUCUUUGUUCGUUCAACAUACGUCAGCAUAAGAUUCAUGAGACCAUUACCGAUGAGAAUGAGCUGUUUGUCAUCCCUGGAAUGCCAGACAGGAUAGAGUUGACACGUGCAGCAGGCCCCUGGGUUUUUCUACCAAAGAAUUGGAGAAGUACACGCAGGGAGGUAAGAGAAGCUGAGAUUGAUGCUGAUGGCGUGGUGGUGAAUAGCUUUGAUGAGUUAGAGAGCCCGUACUGUGAAUGGUACCAGAAAACAACUGGAAAGAAGGCUUGGAUGAUUGGUCCUCUGUCACUGUCUAACAAGAAUGUAGCUGAUGUGGCAGCCAGAGGGAACAAGGCAGCCAUUGAUGAAAGCUUGUGUAUGAGCUGGCUUGACUCCAUGAAACCAAGCUCAGUUCUUUACGUGAGCUUUGGUAGCAUGGCACGCACAAAGGUUGAUCAACUUGUGGAGUUGGGACUCGCACUUGAAGCUUCAGAGAAGCCUUUUGUAUGGGUGAUAAAAGCUGGGGAAAAGAUGGCAGAGGUGGAGAAGUGGUUAUCUGAAGGUUUUGAAGAGAGAACAAGAUCAAGAGGCUUGAUCAUAAGAGGAUGGGCUCCUCAGGUGAUGAUCUUAUCACACCAAGCAGUUGGAGGGUUCAUGACUCACUGUGGAUGGAAUUCCACUCUUGAAGGUGUGACUGCAGGUGUGCCAAUGAUCACAUGGCCUCAUUUUGCUGAACAGUUUAUUAAUGAGAAGUUGAUUGUUCAAGUGCUGAAGAUUGGAGUGUCAGUGGGAGUGAAGCAUCCCACAAAGUGGGGUGAUGAUAAUGGGGAUGCAGUGCUGCUUGAGAAGGAGAGGGUUGAGAAGGCAGUAGCGACGUUGAUGGCUGAAGGAGAGGAAGCAGAGGAAGCAGAGGAGAUGAGGAAGAGAGCAAAGGUGUUGGGAGAGAUGGCUGGCAGGGCAAUGGAAGAAGGUGGUUCUUCUUAUCAGAAUUUGAGCAACUUGAUACAGUGCUUCAAUGGUGCUGAUCAUGGUCAAGUGGGGGACAAGAAGAAUGCACUUUUUGCAUAGCUUGUUUUAUUUAAUUUAAAUUUUCUUUUUUUUUUUUAAUUUGAAAGUCUAAUUUAUUUGGACAUUGAUUUGAAAAUCCAUUGUAUUGUCACUAUUGUGCA